AUGUUGGCAGAAGGCAUCUUAACUAGGCUCAUAUAUAAAGAAAGCUGUCAUCAGGAUAAGCCUCGCAAAUCUCAUGCAUCCAGAAAGGAUAAAGAGGGAAGCUGGAGACAGAAACUUGUAGACAACCCAAAAAUUAAAGGCUUUGCUGAUGGACGUGAGAAUAAGGAUGAGAUCUCUGCUAGAAGUAGCAAGAUGGAACACAGGAGCGGUCCUCAACGGAGAUCCGUGAAAAAGGUACCUGCAAAAGAUCAGAAAACACUUGUUAAAGGAACCGUAUCACCAGCUUUACAUAUCCCCAGGGGAGAACAGAGUACUGUUGAGAUGGAUUUGUACAGAUCCUGGUCAUGCAACAGCAUUUAUCAAAACUAUCCCGACUUACACAUCGGGGGAGACCGCGUGGGGGACCAUAUGUGUGACUCGGGUUGUGUUUUGGACCAUACGUGUGAUGAACUUCCCGGUGGCCCUGUUUUGCAGUCCAUAGAUAUUCCUCUAGCUCAGACCUCUGUGUGUGAGCAUCCCGAAAAGCCAAGCGUUAAGUCCCCGUCUGGAGAUGAAGCUGGAGAAGGGAGCAUCACGCUCUGUGAGGAGCCUCUUUCAAACUCCGUGCUCAACAAGUACAUGGAAACAAAAGUGGCAGAGCUCUAUAAACAGUUUUUUGAAGAAAACUUGGCCAGGUGUGGUUCUGUAACCAACUUCCUCAGUUGCAGUUUGAUAAGGAAUAGCCUGAAUCAGAUAAGCUUUCAGAUAUCACAGGAGCAGAACAUAGAAACCUCCAAGGCCAGAGAAGUGCUCUUGCACUCUCUAGCUUUGUUUAGUUUGCGCAACGCCACCAACAGGAGCAGCUCUGAAUUUAGUACUCCAAACUUACAAAUCUCAAGUGCUGCAUGCCUGAAAAAGAGCUUCCAGAUGCAGUUUGCAUCGUGA